AUGGCUCACUGUACGAGAGUUUUACAUGGCCAAGGUGGCAGGACGAGGCUUGCGCUCGUGGAAAUACAGAAACGAUGCUUCAGUGUAUCACCAUUAACCGCAGCAGCGGCCCAGGUCGCGAUGUCAAAAUUCGACAAAGCCCCCCUUCCAUAUCAAAAGUUAACCCAGAAUAUCGAAAUCGUGAAGAAAAGGUUGGGCCGAGAUUUGACCUUGUCCGAGAAGGUCUUGUACUCUCAUCUGGAUGACCCUAAAGGACAGGAAAUUGAACGUGGUACCAGCUAUCUACGUCUUCGUCCCGACCGUGUGGCCAUGCAAGAUGCCACUGCACAGAUGGCCAUGUUACAAUUUAUAUCUUCAGGACUUCCCCGAGUGGCUGUACCAUCUACCAUUCACUGUGAUCACUUAAUCGAGGCCCAAAUCGGAGGAGAUAAGGAUUUAGCCAGAGCCAAGGACCUCAACAAAGAGGUAUACAAGUUCCUUGAAACAGCCGGUGCUAAGUACGGAGUGGGUUUCUGGAAACCAGGUUCGGGUAUCAUUCAUCAGAUCAUCUUAGAGAAUUAUGCCUUCCCCGGUUUACUCAUGAUCGGUACUGACUCUCACACACCUAACGGUGGAGGACUUGGUGGACUCUGCAUCGGUGUGGGUGGAGCUGAUGCUGUAGAUGUAAUGGCCGACAUCCCCUGGGAAUUGAAGUGUCCCAAGGUUAUCGGUGUUAAACUCACAGGCAAGUUGAAGGGCUGGACGAGUCCUAAGGACGUGAUCUUGAAGGUAGCCGGCAUCUUGACAGUGAAGGGAGGUACAGGCGCCAUCGUGGAGUACCACGGACCUGGCGUAGAUUCUAUAUCAUGUACCGGCAUGGCGACCAUCUGUAAUAUGGGGGCCGAGAUCGGCGCUACAACUAGUGUGUUCCCUUACAACGCCCGUAUGGAGGCAUAUCUCAAGUCCACCGGCCGUCACGACAUCGCUUCUGCCGCUAACAGCUACAAGAACCUCUUAACUCCUGACCCCAAGGCGCCUUACGAUCAGUUAAUCGAAAUCGACCUAUCUACAUUGGAGCCCCAUGUAAACGGUCCUUUUACUCCCGAUCUCGCGAACCCGAUCUCCAAGUUGGGAGAUAUCGCUAAGAAGAACGACUGGCCCGUUGACAUCAAAGUCGGACUUAUCGGCUCCUGCACCAACUCCUCGUACGAAGACAUGGGACGAUGUGCCAGUAUUGUUAAGGAGGCCCUUAGUCACGGUGUGAAAUCCAAGAUCCCAUUCAACGUGACACCCGGCUCGGAACAAGUUCGAGCCACCAUCGAAAGGGACGGCAUCGCUCAGACACUUAGGGAGUUUGGAGGAACUGUAUUGGCUAACGCCUGCGGUCCCUGCAUCGGUCAAUGGGACCGUAAGGACGUGAAGAAGGGGGAAAAAAAUACCAUAGUGACGUCAUACAACAGAAACUUCACAGGCAGAAAUGAUGCCAACCCUGCCACACACUGCUUCGUCACCAGCCCUGAACUGGUCACGGCUCUGUCACUAGCAGGUCGUCUUGAUUUCAAUCCUCUCACCGACACUCUGAAGGGCAAAGAUGGCAAGGAGUUCAAAUUAUCAGACCCCUUCGCUGAUGAGUUACCAGCUAAAGGCUUUGACCCCGGUCAGGAUACAUAUGAACACCCACCGGCCGACGGAUCAAAGGUCAAAGUGGAUGUAUCUCCUACAUCAGACCGCCUGCAAUUGUUGGAACCCUUCGACAAGUGGGACGGCAAGGACCUCAACGACCUCACCAUACUCAUUAAGGUCAAAGGAAAAUGUACCACGGACCACAUCUCAGCUGCUGGACCCUGGCUUAAGUAUAGAGGUCACUUGGACAACAUCUCCAAUAAUAUGUUCAUAACCGCAACAAACGCGGAGAACGGCGAGUUAAACAAGGUCCGCAACAUUCAAACCGGCGAGUGGGGCCCGGUGCCUGCGACUGCGAGGGCCUACAAGGCCGCUGGAGUGAGGUGGUGUGUUGUUGGAGACGAGAACUACGGAGAAGGAUCUAGCAGGGAACACGCCGCUUUAGAACCGAGACAUCUUGGAGGAAGAGCCAUCAUUGUUAAAUCCUUCGCCAGAAUCCACGAGACCAACUUGAAGAAGCAGGGUCUCCUGCCGUUGACCUUCGCCAACCCUUCAGACUACGACAAGAUCCAGCCCUCUGACAAGAUCUCACUACUGGGACUCAACGACCUGGCACCUGGAAAGCAAGUGGAAUGCGAAAUCAAACACAAGGACGGUAAAUCCGAGCGCAUCAAACUGAACCACUCACUGAACGAACAACAGAUCUCGUGGUUCAAGGCUGGGUCAGCUCUCAACAGGAUGAAGGAGAUCGCCGCUGGGAAAUAA